AAAAAUUCAAAAACCUUAAAAAACCCACAAACCCCCAAAGCACAGAACUUUCUCGCGCAACGCAACCCUCUCUCUCUCUCCCGCCUCCUGCCGACGUUUUACACUUGUAUCUCAUCUCAAUCAAAAUCAACAAAACCCUAAUCAUCAAAUCGUAAUCCCUAAAUUCCCCCUUUGAGAACGAUCGAUUUCUUCAAUAAACAGAUAUGGGCUCGGAUGGUGAAAUGAAAAUCAAUGGGAAAGCAGAUGAUGAUCUGAAGGCACCUUUGCUGAAGCCGUCGGAGGAUGUUGCAAUUACUGUCUUCCCUGAUAAAGGAGAUAAGAAGGUCAGAACUGUUAAGUUCAAAAUAGGGGAAAUCAAGUGCACAUCGUGCUCGACGUCUAUAGAAUCUAUGUUGGGAGAGGUUCAUGGGGUUGAAAGUGCUGUAAUAUCGCCCCUUGAUGGCCGUGCUGCUAUCACUUAUGUGCCUGAGCUUGUUGAUGUUAAUAAAAUCAAGGAAACUAUAGAAGAUGCUGGAUUUCCUGUUGAUGAAUUUCCAGAGCAUGAUAUAGAAGUAUGCCGGCUUAGGAUUAAAGGAAUGAUGUGCACCAGCUGCUCUGAGUCUGUUGAACGUGUCCUUCUAAUGGCUGAUGGAGUUAAAAAAGCAGUGGUGGGUCUAGCUCUUGAAGAAGCAAAGGUCCACUUUGACCCAAACCUCAUUGAUACAGACGGCAUUCUUGAAGCAGUACAAGAUGCUGGCUUUGGAGCUGAGCUCAUCAGUUCUGGGAAUGACAUGAACAAGGUGCACCUUAAAGUUGAAGGAUUUAAUUUUGCAGAAGAUGGUAACAUGAUCCAAUCCUGUCUUGAGUCCACACCAGGUGUGAAUCAUGUUGAAGUGGACCUAGCUGAACAUAAGGUAACUGUUUGCUAUGAUCCAGAUCUCAUUGGCCCAAGAUCUAUUAUACAGCGCAUUGGAGAUGCAUCAUCUGGUCCCAACAUUUACCACGCAGAAUUAUAUGUUCCUCCAAGACGAAGAGAAACAGAGCAACUACAAGAAGUUCGGAUGUAUAGAAACCAAUUUUUGUUGUGUUGCCUUUUCUCUGUUCCAGUACUUGUAUUCUCCAUGGUACUCCCAAUGCUUCAUCCUUAUGGUAACUGGUUAGAAUACAGGAUUCACAACAUGCUCACAGUGGGGAUGCUUCUCAGGUUGAUCCUUUGUACACCAGUGCAGUUCAUUGUUGGCCGAAGGUUUUAUGUGGGAUCAUACCAUGCUUUGAGGCGGAAAUCUGCUAACAUGGAUGUUUUAGUUGCACUAGGCACUAAUGCAGCUUACUUCUAUUCUGUAUACAUGGUGAUAAAAGCUAUAACGUCAGAUACAUUUGAAGGGCAAGAUUUCUUUGAGACUAGUGCCAUGUUGAUAUCGUUUAUUCUUUUGGGAAAAUAUUUGGAGGUUGUGGCUAAAGGCAAGACUUCAGAUGCUUUAGCAAAGCUGACUGAACUCGCUCCUGAUACAGCUCAUUUGGUAACAGUAGACAGUGAUGGAAAUGUUGUCUCAGAGAUGGACAUUAGUACUGAACUGAUACAAAGGAAUGACAUGAUUAAGAUUGUUCCAGGGGAAAAGGUCCCUGUUGAUGGGAUUGUUAUAGAUGGUCAAAGCUAUGUGAAUGAGAGUAUGAUCACAGGGGAGGCAAGGCCCAUUGCUAAAAGACCUGGAGACAAGGUGAUUGGCGGGACCAUGAAUGAGAAUGGGUGCUUACUGGUCAGGGCUACUCAUGUUGGAUCAGAAACUGCACUUUCCCAAAUUGUUCAACUUGUUGAAGCUGCUCAGCUUUCCAGGGCCCCUGUUCAGAAACUAGCUGACCGAAUCUCCAAGAUUUUUGUUCCUACAGUUGUUAUUGCAGCAUUUAUUACAUGGCUGGGAUGGUUUAUACCUGGAGAAGCUGGUCUUUACCCAAAACAUUGGAUACCCAAAGCAAUGGACAGAUUUGAGCUUGCACUGCAGUUUGGUAUUUCAGUACUGGUAGUUGCUUGCCCGUGUGCUCUGGGUCUGGCAACACCAACAGCAGUCAUGGUUGCCACUGGAAAGGGUGCUUCUCAAGGUGUGCUCAUCAAAGGCGGAAAUGCACUUCAAAAGGCACACAAGGUGAAAACGGUUGUCUUUGACAAGACAGGGACAUUAACAGUUGGAAAACCAGAGGUAGUUAGUGCUGUGCUCUUUUCCAGUUUCUCAAUGGAGGAAUUUUGUGACAUGGUUACUGCUGCAGAGGCAAACAGUGAACAUCCAAUAGCAAAAGCUGUGGUGAAGCAUGCUAAGAGGCUGCGCCAGAAGAUUGCUCCUAAUGCAGAAUAUAUUGCAGAGGUUAAGGACUUUGAAGUGCACACUGGAGCUGGGGUGAGUGGAAAAGUGGGUGACAGAAAUGUUUUGGUUGGGAACAGGAGGCUCAUGCAGUCUUGUAAUGUCUCAGUUGGUUCUGAGGUUGAGAACUACAUUCGAGAACAUGAGCAGUUAGCUAGAACGUGUGUGCUAGUAGCCAUAGACGGAGGGGUUGCUGGAGCUUUUGCUGUGACUGAUCCAGUGAAGCCAGAGGCUGAGUGUGUCAUAUCUUUUCUUCGUUCCAUGGGCAUCUCAAGCAUCAUGGUGACUGGUGAUAACUGGGCUACAGCAAGUGCCAUUGCUAAGGAGGUUGGGAUUGAGAAGGUGUUUGCUGAAACAGAUCCAUUAGGAAAGGCUGACAGGAUUAAAGAUUUACAGGGAAAAGGAAUGACUGUAGCAAUGGUGGGAGAUGGAAUAAACGACUCGCCAGCUCUAGUUGCAGCUGAUGUUGGGAUGGCAAUUGGUGCCGGCACUGAUGUGGCCAUAGAAGCUGCUGAUAUAGUUCUCAUCAAAAGCAACUUAGAAGACGUAGUUACAGCCAUCGAUUUAUCAAGAAAAACCAUGUCCCGGAUACGGCUAAACUACGUAUGGGCUCUUGGUUAUAACAUACUCGGCAUGCCUAUUGCUGCUGGUAUCCUAUACCCAUUCACUGGAAUUCGUUUGCCACCUUGGCUUGCUGGUGCUUGUAUGGCUGCUUCAUCACUUAGCGUGGUUUGUUCUUCUCUCAUGCUGCAGUCUUAUAAGAAGCCUUUGCGUGUUAGAGAUAGAGCCUCUUGAAGCAAAACUCAUUACACGAUAUUUGACAAUCUCAUGUUAGCUAGUUUUUAGUUUUUAUCUGUAUCUACCAUUGCUCUGAUUGCUGUGAUUAUAAACAUUUGCAUGCCCUUGGUAUAUACACAAUAAAUUUGUCUUGA